AUGUCUGUCACUAAGAUCGCUGUUCUAUUAGCUGCUGUUGCUUCAUUAGCCUCUGCCCAAAACGGUUACGAAGUUGCUGAAUUUAACGCCAUUUUGGUCGAUGUUCAAGCCCAUUUGGAAGACUACAUGUCUUUGGCUAUGAACAACCCAGAUUUCACCAUCCCAAGUGGUGUUUUGUCUGUCUACGAAGAAUUAACCACUUACACUGAUGAUACUUAUACCUCUUUGUUCUCUGCCAUUGACUUUGCUCAAGUUACCACCGUUAUGCACCAAGUCCCAUGGUACUCUUCCAGAUUGGAACCACUAAUGGCCUCUUACAUGGCUGCUCACAGUUUCACUGACACUGUUGACCCAGCUGUUGCCGGUACUGCCGCUGCUACUUCUUCUGCUGCUUCUUCUGUUGCUGCCUCCUCCUCUGCUGCCGCUUCUUCUGCUGCUUCCUCUGCUGCCGCUUCUUCCUCUUCUAAGGCCUCUUCUUCCUCUAAGGCCUCUUCAUCCUCUAAGGCUUCAUCCUCUUCUUCUGCUGCUUCUUCUUCUUCUUCCGCAGCUUCCUCUUCCUCUUCUGCCUCUUCUGCCUCUUCUUCCUCUUCCAAGGCUUCUUCUUCCUCUUCCAAGGCUUCUACCUCUGCUACCGCUGCUUCCAACGGUACUUCUUCUUCUUCCAAGAACGCUGGUGCUUCCAUGGGUAUGUUCUCUGCCGGUAUGGGUGCUGCCAUCGCUGGUGCCGCCGCCUUAUUAUUAUAA